AUGAAGUUCCUGAAGAGCAUCUGCGUGCUGAACGUGGGGGGGACCCGCUACGCCUUCACCCGGGACGUGAUCCGGGACUUCCCUCUGCGGAGGGUCAGCCGGCUGCACGGCUGCUCCUCAGAGACAGAGGUUCUGGAGCUCUGCGACGACUACGACCGGGACCGGAACGAGUUCUUCUUCGACCGCCACGCACAGGCGUUCGUGUUCAUCAUGCUGUACGUGCGCUCCGGGAAGCUGCGCUUUGUGCCCGGAGUGUGCGAGCUGUCCUUCUACUCAGAGAUGCUGUACUGGGGGCUGGAGAGCGCUCACCUGGACACCUGCUGCCAGAAGCGCCUGGACGACAGGAUGUCCGAGGUGGGGCUGGACACUCUGUCCGAGCUGGACGUGUCUGAGACCCAGAGCUCCGAGGAACCGCUGCAAAGGAUGGAGCUCACAGGUCGAGAGAGAUGGCUGGAGAAGAUCCGCAAGAUCUUCGAGGAGCCCAUCUCGCUUCUGGCGCAGCUUGUGGCUUCAGUGUCCGUCAUCUUUGUGCUGGUUUCCAUGAUCAUGCUGUGUGCCAGCACCCUGCCGGACUGGGACACGGCCAAGAGGAAUAUUGUGGAGGAGCACAGGAUCGUGGAGGCCGUGUGUAUUGGCUGGUUUACAGCAGAGUGCACAGUGCGCUUCCUGGUGGCCAGAAGCAAGUUGGAAUUCCUCCGGCGGCCGCUGAACAUCAUCGACGUGAUUGCCAUCACCCCUUACUACGUCACCAUGGCGUUGGCCCGGGCGGGGAUGCCAGGCGCCGGGCUCGGGGUUGCUGGGGUGAUACUACGUGUGCUGAGGAUGUUGCGCGUGUUCUGGCUCAUGAAGCUGGCCAGACACUUCCUGGGCCUGCAGACUCUGGGGCUCACGCUCACACGCUGCUACCGGGAGAUGGUCAUGCUGAUGGUGUUUGUCUUCGUCGCCAUGGCAAUAUACAGCGCUCUGGCCCAGCUGCUGGAGUACGGGUUGGACUUGGGGAUGCAGAACCCGGAUUACGCCAGCAUCCCACAGGCCGCCUGGUGGGUCAUCAUCUCCAUGACGACGGUGGGGUACGGGGACGUGUACCCUGUGACGGUUGGGGGACGGGUGCUCGGGGGAAUGUGUGUCGUGAGCGGCAUUGUCCUGUUGGCACUGCCCAUCACGUUCAUCUACCACAGCUUUGUACAGUGCUACCAUGAACUCAAACUCCGCUCUGCCAGGUCCACACGCAUCCUGUCCGUGGAGUUACUGAAAUGA